AUGGCGCAGACGUUCAUGAGAGACGAUGAACUCUGCAAGCAGUACGCAAAGUUUGCAGCGGAUCUGGACCGGUGGCACUUCAAGAUCAUCUACUGGUUUAUGUUCGUCCUGAAUCUUGUGAUUCUGUUCGUCGCGUCUUGGGCAUACAUAAGAAGCCAAGAUACAAACGAACAGUUCAGUCAUGAGCCACGGCGGCGGACCAGGAUGCUGGUGAGAUACAUGCUCAUGUGCCUUGCCUGUGUUCUCGUAUCGGCAGCAGUGGUUGUCAUGGAGGCCUUUGCUCUACUUGCCUUGCAGUUUUGCGAUGGUGAAAACUUAAUAUCGCUUUAUUGGUCCACUUGGACCAUGAUCCAGGUUGGAUCACUGAUAGCCAUGAUGGGCAUCAUCCUCGCCAUGGCACAUUCGUUGCGAAACAGAAGACAUCCGCCGUGGGCGCUCGCUUUGGGAACACCCGUCCUCGUCAUUGCCGGCUUGUUGCAUCUCAUCCACGACUGCACGAAGAAGCGUGUCAAGAGGAUGGCGACCGGGUCCAUCAUGAAGAGCAAUGCCCCUUCUAUGAGUGAAGUGAAUACGAUCCAAGGAAACCUCGAAGACGAGCUCGACAACACGAUCUUGGGUGAUUUCAUAGGCUUCACGGUCGAGGGCGGCCCAAUUGUCCGGUUCAACAACUCCAUGCCGCUCAAUCUCAACACUGACUACGGGUUCGAAUUGCUUGGCUACUACGACAAUACUCGGCCUGUCGUAGCGUACCAAAAGGGCGCCGUUCAGUUCCUGUCUACCGACAAGGACAAACCAUUGCCGCCGAAAGAGGCGCGAAUAAAACAGGGCAAGUCGGCUGAAAAAUUGCAAGAGUCUCGAGAGAAUGAAAUCAGCAGUGCAUAA